AGUUCAUCAGAUAAUUUGAAUAUUGUGUGGACAGGGUACGGCAAGAAGAAUCCUGUGAUGAUAUUUAAGUCUGAAACUAUUUUAAAUAAGAAGUAUAUGAAUAUGAAGACUGUAGGAGAACGUUAUCACAUGGCUUAUAAGUUUACCAAUUCUGAGUGUAAAAUUAUUCGAAAUAUUUUACAGUCACAUGGCUUCCAUGAGAUUCAUCCCAAUAGUUCAGAUUAUAACUUAGUAUGGUCUAAUGGCCAUCUCAAACCAUUUACAUUACGCAGUAUGUCAGAAUUCCAGAAGAUUAACCAUUUUCCGAGGUCUUAUGAAUUGACGAGAAAGGAUAGAUUGUUUAAAAAUAUACAAAGAAUGCAGCAAGUCAAGGGUUUCAAACAUUUUGAUUUUAUACCACAAAGUUUUGUUUUGCCUGGUGAAUAUCAAGAUUUUUGUUCUAUGUAUUUAAAAGAUAAAGGACCAUAUAUAGUCAAACCUGUAGCCUCAUCCAGAGGUAGAGGAGUCUUUCUUGUUAAUCAUCCUGAUCAAGUGCCAUUAGAUGAAAAUGUAAUAGUAUGUAAAUAUAUAGCUAGUCCUUUGUUAAUAGAUGGUUUUAAAUUUGAUGUAAGAUUGUAUAUAGCAGUGACAUCCUAUGAUCCAUUAGUAAUAUAUUUAUUUGAAGAAGGGUUAACCAGGUUUGCUACAGUAAGAUAUGAGAAGAUCACCAAACAUAUUAGAAAUCAAUGUAUGCAUCUGACUAACUAUAGCGUUAAUAAAAAAAGUGACGACUAUGUCAGGAAUGAUGACCCUGAUGUUGAAGACUACGGUAAUAAAUGGUCUCUAGGAGCUUUAUUAAGAUAUUUACGGACUGAAGGCAAAGAUACUGCAGCUUUAAUGAUGAGAAUAGAAGAUGUAAUAAUAAAAACUAUAAUAUCAGUAGAAUUACCUGUAGCUACUGCUUGUAAAAUGUUCAUGCCACAUAGGGGUAACUGUUUUGAAUUAUAUGGGUUUGAUGUGCUGAUAGAUGAAAAUUUAAAACCAUGGAUUGUUGAAGUUAAUCUUUCUCCCUCUUUAGCCUGUGAUAGUCCAAUGGAUUUGAAGAUUAAAUCCAAUAUGUUAUGUGAUCUCUUUAGUUUAACUGGUUUGGUGUGUCAUGAUCCAAUGGUGAAAACUAUACAACAGAGUCGUCGUAAUCUAGAAAUAGCUUCCAAAUUAGCUAGGUCAAAGAGACCAACUUCAGCAAGUUCAUAUUCACAAAUUGCUAACCAGAAGAAAAGUGAAAGUAAGAAUCCUACAACAGCAGGGUUAAAUAGUGAAGAAAUUAAGAUAUUCAGACGUGUAAAAGAAGAAGAUGCCAGACGUAAUGGUUGGGUUCGAAUAUUUCCAUCAGCAGACACCUGGGAUACUCAUUCUCAGUUUCUACAGUUUAAUACCACACAUAAUUUAAUGUUACAUCAACGACUUUAUCCAGAUAGGUAA